AAUUGUAUGUGUUGUGCUGGAUGUGUUGGUGAGUUUGUUUCGUGCAGACAGGAACCCUCAGCCGUGAGCCCCGCGCGGCGACUGCCACCGCCGACUCGGCAUGGAGCGGCGCGGCGAGGCGCGGACCCCCCGCUCCCGUGGGAGCUUGGGCUGCGCACCGUGCUGUGUCGUGCCGCCCCACGCAGCCUCCGUGGCGGCCGGGGUGUCGCUCCUCCUCGUGCUCGGCACACUCGUCACCUGCGUGGCUGCACGCGCGCCCAUGUGUGGGGAGCACCAGUUCCUGUCCAACGGACUGUGCCAGCCUUGCCGACAGUGCCCCCCAGGAGAGGAGCCCAAUCAGGUCUGCGGCCACGACUAUGGGGAAGGCACGACGUGCGAGGCGUGUCCCGCGGGCUACUACAGCGACAAACUGGGCUAUGGCAAGUGCCAGCCGCACGUCGACUGCGAACUCUACAACGCCAAGACACAGCAGGGCGGCGACAAGCAGCGCGACUCGGUCUGCGGGGAGUGUCUGCCCGGGUUCUACCAUUGCUCGUUGCUGUCCCCGGACUCGAGCAACAGAUACGACAGGAGCGAGUGCUGCGACUGCAGGAGAGCCACAACAACAGAGUUCCCCGAAUGUGGGGAUGUUCGCGCUACCGCAAACGCCAGAAUCCCCCAUGCCGUGCCAACUUCAUCCCACGAGCAUAUACGGCCGCUGUUCUAUAUGCUGCUGGGUGUGCUGCUGCUGUUGGCGGUCCUGGUCGUGUGGGCGGUCUGUGGGCCGCGCCGGCGGGCCACUGGCCGCCUCGUGAACCCGGUGGCCUCCUGGUGUCGGAGGAUCUCAACCGGCUGCCAAGCGACCUCGGCUACACAAGCCACAAUUCCGCUCUUGCCAUCAGGAAGGAGGAAGACUUCCAGAGACUCGCAGUACAGCCCGUCUGAGGAGGCCACGUUCGAUCCAGCAGGACAGUCGCACAUGAGUGGACGGCAACCGCUGCUGCAUCAACGACGCCACAGCACCUUCCCAAGCGUCUGCGACAAGCUGAAGAACUGCAAGUGCGAGCAUUGCCAAGACCUUUUGAACUCUUUGAAAUCUGGCCGCUCUCAACACAACGCCAACAGGAAAUCCGAUAAGAGCGACAAGAAAAAUGGUCAAACUUCUGGAGUGAAACAAGUCAAAUUUCCAAACUUCGUGAAGGAUGAUUCUGACAGUGAUGAGAAUCGGCAGAAGAAUCCGGGCCAGGAUCCCUGGAUUAAGGCCGUUCCGCACAAGGAGCCGCCAGUCAUCGAGAGCAGGCGCGCCUCCAUGGGGCCCAGUAUCCUUCCCACGGUGCCCAUCAAGCCGGAGGGAUCAAGGAGAAUUAGAAUGAUUGAGCGUGUAGAAGACCUAUACAGACGUGCCCUAAAGAAGACUAAAGACAUGGCCAUCGAUUCGCUCGACUUCAGGCUGAGGGAGGCGCUCACGCUCAAGCUCAACUCCUCCCUCACCGCCAGCAGCGGAGGCAGCCAGCAGAAUCUGCUGUCCAAGCUGGCGCACCGCCUGGGCAUCACGAGCGACGAGGCGCUGCUGCUGGGCAAUGCGGAGCAGCUGCUGCGCGUGGCGAGCACGCGCGCUGCCAGCGUGCCGAGCCUGCUGGAGGCGCUGUACGACGUCAAGCACUACGACGUCCUCAAUCUCCUGUGCAAGGGGCUCCUCACGCCAGACGAAGGGCACGACCCAAGUUACGUUUGAGUUACCAGAUUCGCUGAAAUGAUCAAAGCUUCCAGUCUGAGCCAAGUCACCACAAACUACUACGGUGCAACUUCAUGAGGAACGACCCUCUUCUCAUGAAGUUGCACUACCCUAUUCCGAUUACAAGAUGCACCCCAACACUUGUGCCUGGCAUCAACACAUUUACAACAGAUAUGGUCCCACACACGUGACGUUUGCUUUAAAAUAGAGGAUAAAGUGUACCUCAUAAUCCAGAAAAUAUGGAAAUUAUUUCGACUUUCAUAGAAAUUCCGAGGAUGAGAAACUUACCGGCAGCCGAUCCCGAGCCAGGGGAGUGGCAAGGAAGGCGCCAUGGGCGUCACGAAGCCCCCUCCCCCGGCUGGACAACUCGGGCCCUGCUUGGUGCAGGCUCCAGGAUUGGGUGUUACAGAAGCACGCUGGCAAAUGGUGUGCUGCUGCCGAGAUCAUGAACAGUGGUGCUGCCAUUGCAAAUGUUAUACGCUUUACAUUUGACUGUUCUUGCACUGAAACACAGCGAAGGCAUGUAAUGUUGAAUUAUAAUGCAGUAUAUGUGCAACAUUUUUUUGAUUACCUUAUCCUUGUGUUUGCAAUGUUUACUUGAGAAUAGGAUUUUCUGGGUUGAACGAACGUUUGUGGAUGUGAAAUUUUGUAUAAAAAUGACAACUUUGGUUGAAUUUAUAUCGCGUAACUGA